GCAGCCGACCUAGUGACGGAGGCCACGCCAUGGCCGCGGCGCUGUUUGGCUCUUGGUUCCGCUGGGGCGGGGCCCGCCCCGCAGUAGCUCGCCGGGUCGUCGGGGUCGGCCCGGAAGAAGAGCUGUUUCUCCACCUGGCUUUUCCAUCAGCACCAGUGCAACUGCCAUUGCCUAUCCACCACUUAACUCCGGAACCUGGAGGGUGAACCACGCUCCUCCCUGGCCCCACACCGGCUCAGGCCUCUGCAUUUCCUCCAUCACCAACAUUCUCUGUGAGCUUCCUCAAAACAGCUGUGGUCAGCCAUUAAAUAUUCCCAUCAACCAUAAAACACAUUCUGAUUUUAGCAGUAUUAUAUACAGAAUAAUAAAAUGAACUAUUUCCGAGCCUGCCCUCAGAGGGUGGUCUCUUCAAAUAGUCUUCCUCCUUGGAUAGCCCUCACCACUCUAUCCAGUAGGGGGGCUUCAGUUCAUCCAUUGCCUCCCAUUUCCAUGUUUUCCUUCUUCCAAACCAAGUGUGACCUGAUGGUUAGGAGUCCAGCCCUGGGUUCAAAUCCCAGUUCCCGCUUUGUGCUACCUGAGCAAUAGAAUUCACCUCUCCAAACCUGAAUUUCCUCAUUUGUAAGAGACCUGUAAUUAUAUCUUCUUUAUUGUUCUUUAUGGACCUCCUUAUUGAGGGGGGCUGAGCAGGAGCCUGCUGUCAUCAGUGCUUGAAGUAAGUUUAACUGUCAGGGAUGAUGGUCACUGAGCAUGCUGUGUGCUAGAGGGACAACUCAGAUGCACCUCCUCACACUUUGGGCCUUUGUCCUGGCAUAUGGAGUGGCUGGGUAUUGAACCCCCAGUCUUUUGUCCAGAGCAAAGAAAGGGCCAGAGUUGCAGAUCUUUCUCUGUAGGGACUUCAGGUUGGGGUUUGGGGAUGGGUCCAGACACCUUGUAGGGGCUCAGCCUUGCUUCUUUUCCUUCUCCCUCCUCCUCCAGACUGCGGUACAGACCUGCGUGAGCCGGUACAAGGCUGCUCUGCUGGGCCUAGGUGUAUUAUUGUUCCUGCUGCUAUUGUAUAUGGGACUGCCUGGCCCCCCUGAGCAAACUUCCUGGCUCUUGGGAGACCCCAAUGUCACAGUCCUGGUUGGUCUUACCCCAGGAAACUCCCCCAUCUUUUACCGUGAGGUGGUUCCACUCCAUCGGACACACAGGGUGGAGGUGGUGCUGCUUCAUGGAAAGGCCUUUAACUCCCACACAUGGGAGCAGCUGGGCACACUGCAGCUAUUAUCACGGAGGGGCUACCGGGCUGUGGCCCUUGACCUUCCAGGUUUCGGGAACUCAGCACCUUCAAAGGAAGUAAGCACAGAGGCAGGGAGGGCAGAGCUGCUGGAGCGAGUUUUGCGAGACCUGGAGGUGCAGAAUGCUGUGUUAGUGAGCCCCUCACUGAGUGGCCACUACGCCCUGCCCUUCCUGAUGCAAAGCCACCACCAGCUACGUGGAUUCGUGCCCAUCGCUCCCACCUCCACCCAGAACUACAACCAGGAACAAUUCUGGGCUGUGAAGACCCCAACCCUGAUCCUGUAUGGGGAGCUCGACCACAAACUGGCUCAAGAGUCACUGCAGCAGCUCCGCCACCUGCCCAAUCACUCUGUGGUGAAGAUACACAACGCAGGCCAUGCCUGCUACCUCCACAAGCCACAAGACUUCCAUCUCGUCCUCCUUGACUUUCUUGACCAUUUGUCUCGAACUAACCCACUUCCAAAGCACUAGGCCUGUCCUGUGCUAGGAGGGUCUGGACCACCACUCUCUCCCAACCAGGGAUGCAGGCCCAGCCAGGCCCAAGGGGCAGGCCCAGCCAGGAUGUCUCAUUUCACUUCACAGGCACAAUAAAGAAAAGCAUAUUUGUUUUGCCUAGAGAGUAACAGGCUCUCUUUCCUGGUGUGCUUCCAGAGAGGUGGGAGUAGGAAGCAAGUUUGGGACUCUUUAGGGGCGGGUGCUGGGGUUGGGGGGGGGUGCUCCAGAACCCUGUGGAUCUAAGAGUGAGCCACUUCCUCACUCUACGACUUAAUUCUGUAUGCCUUAGUUUAGGCAUCUGUUAAACAGACAUGAUGGUAACAUCUAGCUCGGAAGGAAGUUGUAGGAUUGAAUGUGUCUGGUAAGUAAAGCAUUUGGUCAUGUGGAGAUGGGGAAAGCAGGAGUGCAUGUUAAUGCUGCUGUAUGACCACUGAGAUUGGUGGGAAAUCCAGGGUCUGGGUAGCUGAGCUGAGUUUGGAAUGUAGAGUGUGUAGACAGAAGUAUGGGGAAACUGGUUUAAGAAUUAAAACAGCAUUGCUAUUGAAUCACAA